GACAGAUGUUCUAAAGGGGGCGGAAUUGUGGCACAUGUAAGAAAUGAUCUGGCAGUGGUGAGAAGGACGGACUUGGAAACUGCCGAUGUCGAAGGUUUAUGGCUUGAGAUAAGUUUGCCUAAAUCUCAUGGCUUUCUCGUUGGGGUAUUCUACACGCCGCCUGACUCUUCAGAUUAUCACGAUUGUGAGUUUAUGCCUAAGUUUGAUGCAAUGUUGGAUCUGGCGAUCGAACAUUAA